GAUUGCGGAUCAAUUCAAGAUAUGUUUCACGCGUUACCAAGCGGAAAGUACAGCGUACGCCUGAGGGGUUUGGGUCACGUGACUGUGUUCUGCAACAUGGAAACGGAUGGAGGAGGAUGGACGGUUUUUCAGCGUCGAAUGGAUGGUUCUGUAGAUUUUUAUCGGAAUUGGACAGACUAUCGAAGUGGGUUCGGCGACUUAUUAUCCGAGUUUUGGUUAGGUAAUGAAAACCUCCACUACUUACUGAAUCAAGGGGCGUAUGGAAUGAGAAUGGAUAUGGUUGAUUUCGUUGGAACCACAGGCUUCGUUAAAUACUCCAGUGUUGCAGUCGCCAAUGAAUCUUCAAAUUACAGGAUAGAACUUUCUGGAUAUUCAGGAAAUGUCGCUGAUUGUUUCACUGAUGCUAAUGAAGGAAGAAUUCACAACAUGCAGUUUACGACAUAUGACGUGGAUAACGAUGCCAAAAUUGGUAACUGUGCUGUCAUGUUCAAGGGUGGUUGGUGGUACAACGCUUGUCACUGUACAAACCCAAACGGACUUUACCUGCCGGAAAAUACCGACACACCGUCAAAGGGCAUUUAUCACGCAUUUUGGUCGAAUACCAACAAGGUCUUAAAAUUGAUCAGACUCAUGGUGAAAAGGGUGUAA